CGGCUCCUAGCGCAGCGCCGACGCUCAUCUCCCUCGCAGCGCCGCUUCCCUCACUCGCGCUCAGGCUCGGUCCCAAGGAUCGGAUCUUCCGCGCGUCGGCGGCUCCCCCUCGGCGGCGUCCAACGACGGAGGGGCAGUCCCAGGCUCCGCGGCGGCGUCGGCGGCUCCCCCCACCUUCUGUCGCCAGUCGCCUCGCGCCCUCGCCUGCGUCCUCCGCGCACCGGCUGACGACCCUGCUUUAGAUGAUUCCACUGGUACAGCGGGUGUGAAGUUCUCAAGGGCACAGGGUUUUCAUUGUAGCCAAUGGAGUGUUCCAAUUCAACUAGUUCCCAAGGGCAUCAUGUAAAUGGAAAGCGGAAUCAAGUGCAAACCAUUGAUCCUCCUGGUCCUACUCCUACCAUUGUUGAAAUGGGACCAAGGCACUGCCCAUUGACUUUCGUGAGAAGAUCCCGUGGAGUAUUGUGUUUGGUGAUCAUGAUAUUAACAGCAUUUCUGAUGAUGGUUUACCUGUCCCCUGUAACUACUUUCCUUGUGCGGUUGUUCAGCGUGCAUUACAGCAGAAAGUCUACAUGCUUCCUGUUUGGGAUGUGGUUAGCCAUGUGGCCUUUUUUGUUUGAGAAGAUUAACAAGACCAGGUUUAUUUUCUCUGGUGAAAGUGUGCCAGCAAAUGAGCGAGUGCUGUUAUUUGCUAACCACAGGACUGAGGUUGACUGGAUGUACUUGUGGGAUUUUGCAUUGAGGAAAGGCCGCUUGCAGUGCAUCAAGUAUAUCCUUAAGAAAAGCUUGAUGAAGUUACCUGUUUUCAACUGGGCAUUUCACAUUAUUGAGUUUAUUCCGGUAGAGAGGAAGUGGGAGAUUGAUGAAGCAAUAAUCCGAAGCAGGCUUUCCGAAUUGAAGAACCCAAAGGAUCCCCUUUGGUUAGCGGUUUUCCCAGAAGGCACUGACUAUACUGAGAAGAAGUGUGUCAAAAGUCAAGAAUAUGCAGCAGAGCAUGGUUUGCCUGUUCUGAAGAACGUACUCCUUCCCAAGACAAAGGGUUUCAAUUGCUGUUUGCAAGUGCUGCGGAGUACCAUAGAUGCUGUUUAUGACAUCACAAUCGCUUACAAACAUCGACCGCCGACUUUUCUGGACAACGUUUAUGGCAUUGGUCCUUCCGAAGUCCACAUCCACAUCAACAGUAUCCAAGUUUCCGACAUACCAACAUCUGAAGACGAAGUAGCUGACUGGUUGAUAGAGCGAUUCAGGCUGAAGGACGAGCUGCUGUCCAAGUUCUCCACGCUAGGCCACUUCCCCAACGAAGGAACUGAAGGGGAUCUGUCAACAACCAAGUGCCUUGCAAAUUUUGUGGCGGUAGUUACUGUCACCGGCUUUCUCAUGUACCUAACCCUGUUUUCGUCCGUAUGGUUCAAAGUUUUCGUAGCGUUUAGCUGUUCUUUCCUUACGCUCGCUACCUGCUACUCUAUACAUCUGCCCCAGAUGAUAGAUUCAGGUUCCUCUGAGAGUAUCCAUGCGAAGGAAGCUUGAGGUGUAACGUGUACGUUGUGACUGAGAGCUGUAUAUCAGCAGAGAAUUAGUACUGCCUUGGCGCAGUUUUGUAUCACCACGUUGCUGUGUAUGUCCAUAUAUGUGUUGUUACCUCCAUCUUUGUCUGGUUCAAGCAAUUGGGAGUAUUCCUUGCC